UCGUACCCUUCCUUGGCACACGUGGAACAGCUCUAUCCGGACCAUUUCCUUGCGAUGCCUAGUACUAUUUAAAACAGUGGUGGACAUCAAUCUUCCAAUUAAGCACAUUGUGGAGUUUUGUUCAGAUGAAUAUUUAAAGAAUAUACUAAAUGAAAACUUUAUAUUAAUAAUCACCACUCGUUUAAGUGGUUAUUUGAGAAUAAUUAGCCAUUCAUGAAUGGAAGUGACUGCUAUGUAAAAAUUCCUCUGCAGCCCACUAAUAUGUCAGAGCUUAGACAAAGUAAGGUACAUAUGAUGAUGGAGGUUUUUUUUUAUCAGAAAUUUCGUAUUGAUUGGUUCAUAUGAUUAUUAGCCUAUUUAAUACAAUUAAUAUUUAAUGAGCUAUAUUCAGACUUAUAAAUACAAUAACAGUGUUGUCACUACCACGGGGGGUUACUUUAGCAUAGCUCAAUCUGAGCUUAAAUCCUAAUUUCCAUAAAUGGUUAUUUUGCCAUGGUGUGUCCAAAAGGCUUUUCACCGCCUACCACAUCCUGCCCUUCCUCUCUCCUUUAACUAUAGAUACCCCCUCCCCUUUAUGCUCCAGGCACUUGCGUCUCAUUGCGACUAUUGCGUGGAUAUUUGUAAAGGACCGAUAAGCCAGACUGGGAAUGGGACCGCAAAGCAGCAUCACGAAAAACUCUGUCUUUUUUCGGAUGAUCCCACUCAGAAAAUAUCUUUUCAUGCAAAGGGAAUAAACUUUAAGCCUACUAGAGUUAUAGAGGAGCAAAUACAAGUAAAUCACAAAUGGGAUAAAGCUGGUGUUUUUGUUUGCUUCUUAAAUGGACUUUUUUAAGUUAAGAAAAGGAGAUCAUUUUGUGAGCACCUCUGACUUGCUUUAAAGUGGGGUGUGGGAAUGUUUACUUCAUGGCGCUAGAAUAAAGCAAAGGAAGUCUUUUUGUUAAAGAAGCUCUAAAGGUGCGUCUCUGGGGUCCUGGUGUAUGGCGCUAAAAGGUGUCGGAGCAGGCAGAGAAAUUCAUUGGUUUCCAUAAGAGUUAAAAUGGCAAAGUGGUUCAAGGAGUUUCCCAUAACUUUGAAGAACGGUACCGACAGAAUCCGCUCAGUCUCUGAAUCAGGCUCACAACCAAGAGCCAAUAAAGCCGGAUUGGUGGCCAGUAUUGGUACCAAAACAACGGGCUCCAAGACUGGCCAGCGUAAAAACUCCUCUGUAGACAGCACAGGAGGUGGUGGAGGAAGUGGAGGUGUUGGGUCCCUUCUGUCUGGAAGAAACCGAAAAAACUCAGCCAUAGAGCUGAGUAGAAACAGUGUGAACUCUCAGAAAGAUGGAAAAGUUUGGGAGAGUCUCCUCUCUGGGAAAAGUCGCAAAAACUCCAAAGCAGAGCCAGUUUUUGAGGAGCAGCACAAACCUCUGAAAAGCUCUUCGUCUGCCAAUGCCUACAUCAGCCGUCUGAUAAGAGUGGACAAACAGGACAAAAGCCCAAACUUCAACAGCAGUUCCAUCACUUGUGCAAUGGUGCCAGAAGCUGAAAAAUCGGUCCAGUGCAAGACAGAAACAUUGAUCAUUCUUGAGGAUUAUGCUGACCCCUUUGAUGCUCAGAAAACCAGAGAACAAAGGGAUGCAGAGAGGGUCGGGGAGAACGAUGGCUACAUGGAGCCUUAUGACGCACAGCAGAUGAUAACUGAGAUCAGACGUCGAGGAUCUAAGGACCUGCUGAAGGUGAGUGUCUUGAAGGAGGAGAGUGAGGGAACAGUGGAAGAAGGUCAGCCUACUCCCUUACAGAUCUACGACGUCCCAUAUGAUGGAAGCAGUGACAGUGAGAAGAUCACUGUCACAAGGCCGGAGCUGGAUCCUCGUCCUGCCACUGAGUACGAGCUGCCCUGGGAGUGGAGGAAGGAGCACAUUGUCAGAACUCUAUCAGCACAAUUUGACAGCCCAACGAAAGAUGAGACGCCUCAUCCUACCCUCACAAGACAGCCCCAGCAUCCAGCUGCCCAAUCGCAGCAGCAUCAACAUCUAAGGCAGAAAAGCUGGACACAAAAAAUCCUGAGGUCCUCGCCUCCGACCUCACUCCUGUCAUCUACACCAAGCUGCAGCCCUGAGAGCGAGGCCAGCUGUGUUAACCCCUCCCUGCCCCUUGAAAAACAAAGUUGGUACCAUGGCUGUGUGACUCGGCAGGAGGCAGAGUUUCAGCUACAGUCCUGCAAGGAGGCCAGCUUCCUGGUCAGGAACAGCGAGUCAGACAACAGCAAGUACUCCAUCGCCCUCAAGACAAGCCAGGGGUGCGUUCACAUCAUUGUUGCCCAGACAAAAGACAAUACCUACACCCUGGACCAGAGCAGCUGCGUGUUCCCCAACAUCCCGGAGGUGGUGCACUACUAUUGCACUCAGCGUCUGCCUUUUAACGGUGCAGAGCACAUGACCCUGCUGCACCCGGUGCCUCGCAUCUACUGACCCUGCCUUAAAGCAGCUUAGGUAUAUGUAGCAAAUACUCCUCUGGACCUGUGUAGAAAAAAAAAAGAAAAAAAAAAAGAAAAAAGUCACAACAUCCCCACCACUGAGUGUACUUAUACUCCCCUCCUCUUUUCAGUGGGCCUCAUGUUAUUCUUUAUCUAUAUGAUGUUAUUUUAUGUGUUAUUUUGAAUAAUUUAAUCUCUAAAUGUGCAUGGAGACUUAAGGUGGCUUAUUUUUCAUUUGUUUUACUUUGAUGUGCAGCUGAUGCAAAACAUCCAGCCUGCUGUUUUGCAUGUGUACAAGUUCAUCAGAUAUGACGAGGCACUUUUACUGAUUUAAAUGUGACCUGGAUGAGGAUAGGACUAGUAGAUGUAUUGUUUCAGCCAUCCACGAUGUCUAAACUAGCUGCUGAUAUUUUUGCUGUUAUUGGGUGAAAUUUUCUGAGCGAUUUUUGUCUGCAGCUCUCUAUCACCCUCUGGUGGACAUGCUGGUACACUGCACCAACAACACAAAGGCUGCUUUUACUGUAGUUUAUAACCGAUAAUGUCCAUGCACAUAAUCCUAUCAGUCCAUUUAUAGAGAUAUGAGCACCAGUUAUUUCAUGUGUAUCCUUGCAGAAAAUUGUAACUAAUGCGCGUACAUUUGUUAGUUUUCUGCAUUCACCGUCCCACGAGGACUUCCUCUGUUUUACUGUGAAUGGGGGAGUUGUUUCUGCUGUAUUAUCUGCACUGUGAAGAGUGAGUGAUUCACUGCCAUGUAAUGUGUGAUGGAAAAAAUGGCUCUACAGCAGUUUGAGUUUUUAACUGCUUAGGAAUGAGACUAUUAGUCUGAGGUUUAAACAAGACUUUAUUCUGGCUAAAGAAUGUAAAAUUCUCCUACAGACUACUGUGAGUUACGUUAAGAAAACAUCAAUAGAUUAAUGUCUUAUAUCAACUCUUUUGAUGAGGAUUAAAUACAUAUGAAGUACACAAACAGAAAAGCAGUAAAAAUAGAGUUGAUAUCAACAAAAAGAAAUGUCUUUUUUUGCUUGUUUUUUUUUUUUAAUAUAUAUUUUUAUUCAGACCUCUGUUAAAAAAAGUGACACUGCUCCACACAAAGGUGUAACGCCUCCAUGGUGCUAAAAAGAGAAAAAGAAAAUUAAGUUGAUGUCUUAUAAACUCAGCACAAAGUUUUUGGAUGAACAUUUCUCUCCUUUAAUAAUUCCAGUUAGUGUUGGCAAACCUUAUUAGUCACCUUUACAUCAAGGUAUAACUUGUAAGGAAUGUACAUCUAUGUCAUAAGCAACACAGAUAAACGUGUGACCAUUUUUACACGUAAUUUAUUUUACGCUAUCAGGGACUCAGUAGAAGGUCCAUACACUUGGAACCUCAUCCUUAUGCUGGCCACGUCCCAUAUCUAAAUCUGGAGUUGGUGAAGGUCCAUCAUCGUGGUUGUGUUGGUCACACUGGCAUGUACAGCACAUCAAACUAAUUCCACAAGUGGAAGUCAGAUUCUGGAGAUAAGGGUUCACCACUGGCUCCAGAACUAGUCAUACAUCUAUGACUGACACACACUGAGCAUCACUUGAAACUUAAAACAAGAGUGAAUACCAACAGAAGAUUAUUGCAGGGGAUUUUGUCACAUUUUUGGGGGCAGUACCCUCAUGUUUAGCUGUGUUGCUCAUUCUACAGAAGCAUGAUCCUUGCAAAGUUGUACCUCAUUGUACAGGUGAUUGAUCAGGCUUUCCAGUAAUGUAUAAGACAACACCAGUUGGUUUUAUUUAAGGGGAGAAAUAAUUAACCAUACACACAUUCCCUUACUUUUUGUGUUGUUGAUUUACUAUUAAGUGUUUUUUCCCUUUAUGUAUUCUGAAUAUAACCCUUUAACAUGUUGGCAUGGUGUCUUUACUUUCAGUUUAUUGGUAUGCUGGAAAGAGAACUUAAGACAACUUUCACCUGUGACACAACAAGAUUCUGACUUUGAGACUUAUUGAAACGUAUAGCCUUCCGAAAGUUAGAUUUUAUCUUGCAUAUUUCUGAUGUUUUUGGUUGUCUGCCAAUCAUACUUCUCAUCAAGAAAGCCAGGUCCUUUCAGAGUACUCUUUACAGAGACACACCUGCCAGGUCUUUUUUCUUUUUCUUUCGUUUUUUUUGAUAGAUAUUCUUUGAUAUGUGGACUUAUCAAAUGUUGUGAAACAAAUUUUGAUAAAAGGCCCCAAACCUCAGUGUUGGAGAUCCCCUGUGAGAUUCUCCGAUCCCAAUAAAUCAAGAUUGUAAACA